AUGUCCGAGUCCGACUCUUUCGCCAUCCCUGAGCUCAACGACUCGGAGUACUUUACGGAAGUACUGCGCCUGCCUCCGGGCAAGUCUGAGGCGGAGGCUGAUCAAGAGCUGGUCGCCAGAGCAAACGCCGCUGGCAUCGCCGCCACUCUGCCGUCUGUUGCCAGCAAAAGACAUCCGGCCAGCAGCUGUUCGGUCUCGUCGUUUGGGACCCAGCAAGACCGCACCUUUUCAAAUGCGUCCAACGGGUCAGCCAGCAGUGCCUUGACUCCUCACUCUUCCAUCUUUGGCCCCUCGAGCUCCCUCUUCGAUACCGGCUCUGGGACAAGAGGUGUUUCGGCUGCGAGUCUUACGUUUUCCCACUACGAACGACUUAUUGCCUCUGUGGACUCUGGUAACCCACAGCAUCAAGUUCCCAGGCCUCCACCCACGCCCAUUGCCAACGGUAGCUCUGCCCAGAGCGUUGUGAGCGUUGCAUCAAAGAAGAGCCAUCGUGCAAACCUGCGAGAUCGCUUGCGUUGGAAAAAGAAAACUGUGGCGUCAGUGGAAGUCAAGAUACCGUGCAUUAGCUGCCAGAAGCCCUUUGGAGCAGAAUCCAAUGCUUUGCACAAGCUCCAGUGUGGACAUAUGCAUUGCGUCGAGUGCAUACGAGACAUGGUGAAUCAAGCCGUUCAGAAUGAAUCCCAGAUGCCACCACGCUGUUGCUCUCAGCCCCUAGCAGCACCCCUUGUUAGGACAAUCCUGAGCCAGGACGCCCAGGUGACAUUCCUGCUGGCGGUCCUCAAGCUCAACACGCCAGUCGAAGAACGAGUGUUUUGCCCUGAUCCAGCCUGUGGUCACUUCAUUCCGUCUAACGAUGCCCACGACGCCAAACAUCCGUUCGACCUUACCUGCUUCAAAUGCAAUGGCCGUGUGUGCGCCAUAUGCAAAGGCGCUGCCCACGCCGUGGGUGAGAAUUGCCCACAGGACUGGGAGCUGGCGGUGUUGAAAAAGAAGCAGCAGCAGCAGCAUGAUAGGGCAUGUUGGAAGCGAUGCUACGAAUGCAGGGCGCUGGUCGAGAUGACCGUGGAAUCUCCCUACAUGACCUGCCGAUGCAAAGCUCGCUUCUGCUCUGUCUGCGCCGCCAUAUGGGAUUCUACGACUGGAUGCCCCAAUCUCUGCAGCUUUGAAGAGGAGCUGAAGCGCCGCCGACAGACGGAGGAGACGGCUUCCAGCGAGGCUGAAGAGCAGAUACGCGCCAACUCGUCAAUUCAGCAACUUGGCCAGGAACAGCAAGAAGAGCUCGGCCGUUUCCUGGAAUAUAAGUCACAAGGCAAAGACGCCUUGCAGACGCGCCACCUGAUACAAGAGGCCGCCGUGGAAGAAAAAUACGACUGCCAAGAGGAGAAACUCCGCGAAAGACACGAGAGGGCUUGGGCUCAGCAAGAAGACCGUCACGUCGCCGCCGAGAUGGCGCUGCUUGAAACGCUACAGCAGGAUGAACUGAAUAUACAUCUGCGACUCAAGCAUAUGGAGGCUUACUGCAACGGCGUUGGGCGGAACCCCAACUCGACGGCCCCCGUCAGGGUCGUCACUGAGCGAGAUCUGAAAGAGUUGGGUCAGCAGUACUACCUUCGAGAUGGCAUGGAUCGCACACGCGAGUCCAAGAUCAAUCUCAUGCGGGAGCGGCAGGCCGUGAAGAUGGAGGAGCUUCGGGCCAAGCAAGAGGAAGAAUAUGCGCUAUUCACGGAGGCGAGACAAGAGGCGCUGGACCGGCUAGAAGCCCAGUUUGUCCAGGAAGAGUCUCAGUUCAAUGCCAUUUUCGCGUCACGCCAAUCACAGCUGCAGUCUCGAUGGGUCCUCGCCAUUGAGGUCUUGUGCAAGGAGCUCGAGGAGCAGAACCCUGGCCAGAUUUAUCGCCGCAUUGCCACACCGAGAUGGCCCGAUGAAAGGACCCUAGAUGUCCUCAACUGA